AGUAGGUCGCUAGUAGCAAUCGUGAACGCUGGUUGGGAGGCCUUUCCCAAUCAGCAAUUAAAAGAAUCCAGGGCAUAAUUUCCUUUGACCCACCGGAAAUGAGCCGCAGAUUCGGCGAUAUGGUGUGUGGUGACAGUCAUCCCCCUCCAUAGGGGGAAAUUGGGGGCUGUGAAUGACCUUGUCCCACGCCUGUCGCAUUCAUCUUAUACCUACUUGAAUGUCUCUCCCCCCUCUUCUUCUCUUCCUUCCUUUCCUCUCACGAUCUGACGUUUUCGCCUUCGUUCCUUUCCCACGGUAGUCACUCCUUUGCACUACAUAGUCACUCCUUGAUUCAAACCUUCCAAUACCCUACUGUCGCUCUUUAUUUUACCCAAGACACGAAAAACCAGUUCAAAAUGCGUUUCUUCACCACUGCUAUCGUCUCCGCCCUUGCGGCUUUGGCUACUGCCUACACUACUCCGGACUACUCCGAGGACCCCUCUGGCAAUGCCAUCUACACCCCCAGCCUGGACGAGCUGGUUACUGCUGGCUCUCCCUUCGAAAUCACCUGGGACCCCACCACCACUGGUCAGGUGUCUCUGGUCCUUCUGCGUGGUCCCAGCACCAACUGCGUACCCAUCCAGACCAUUGUCGAGGACAUUGACAACACUGGAAAAUACUCCUGGACCCCCAGCACCUCUCUUGAGCCCGACACCAGCCGCUACGGUAUCCUUCUCGUUGUUGAGGGCACUGGCCAGUACCAGUACUCCACUCAGUUCGGCAUCUCGAACCCUUACUACUCCUCUUCUUCCUCUGUUGCCGCUGCUACUACCACCACUGCUGCCGUGAGCACCGCUUCUGCUGCCACCCAGGUUGUGGUCACCGAGGCCACCACCACCAGCAUCGCCCCCGAGACUGUGACCGCCAGCGUCAAGACCACUGUCACCUCCGUCCCCGUGAUCGGUGGCGGCAAGCCUACCAGCCUCGUUGUUGCUCCCUCAUCUGCCAGCGUCAUCCCCAGCUCUGCUGUUGCCUCUGGCACCCCCGCUGCCAGCAGCUCCUCCAUUGCCCCUCUGUACACCGGUGCUGCUGACCGCAACGCCAUCAGCUUCGGUGCCGUCGCCGCCGGUGUCGUUGCCGUUCUUGCUUUCUAAACGCGCAGCCAUCGGGCGCAUCGUGAAGGAGGUUGUAUCUAGCUGAACCGUUGUUUGUAUGUACAAGAAUGCGGAUGUUUGCAGCGAUUUGA